GCUGGAUAAGCGGGUCAAAUAUUUACAUUUUUGUGAAAGUUAAUGACAUUAAAAAUUAUUUAUUUCUGACUUAAAAGUGCCUUGAAUCUAAGAAAUUUAAAAUGAAUAUAAAUUUAAUUAAUAUUUUAUUUAUGCAAUUAACUUUUGUUAUUGUGGUUUUGGGUACUUUAAUGAGUUUAGUUGAAAAAUAUUUGCCAACAGCUAUUAAACAAACGUUCCGUUAUGGAAAACAUGCACACAAGGAAAAAUCGGAUAAACUUGUGGAGAAAAUUGAAAUUCCUAAAGCAUGGUUUAGUCAUUUUUAUGUGUUUGCUGUUAUUUGGGCAUGGGGUGCUUUGAUAUUGGUCAUCUCUGUUUAUUUCUACGGUUACCAACCUUGUCCUUAUCUAAUUAAUUACCUCAAUUUAUCAUGCGGUGAUAAUCGAAUUGCAGAAACUUCUCCUUUCAUCACAUUAAUUGCGUUAAGUUUGAUGACACUGCAAUGCACAAGAAGAUUCAUCGAGACAAACUUUCUCCAAAUCUUUUCUAAGAAGAGUAAAAUAAACUUGACACAUUAUUUAUGUGGAUAUCUUCAUUAUUAUGGGGUCAUUGUACUGAUCGUGGCUAAAGCCGAUGGAUUUAUAAAUGGACAAACAACACCUGUGAUGAAAGUAACUUUAAACGAAGCUUUAAGAGCGAUUGUAGCAAUUUUGACAUUUAUUUAUUUCUGGUACAAACAGUACGAAUCAAAUUUGAUAUUCAUUAAUCUUCGCAAAAAUAAAUCUGGGAACGUCGUCACUGAAACUCAUCUCAUUCCAAAAGGUGGACUCUUCAAAUACCUUUCAUCACCACACAUGACAUGUGAAGUUUUUAUGUAUUUAAUUCUUUACUUCUUACUUCAUCAAAACACGUCUUGUAUUUAUUGUUUAGCUUGGGUUGUCACAAAUCAAUUUUCCAAUUCACUUCUCACACAUCGUUGGUAUAAAGAAACAUUUUCUGACUACCCGAAAGAACGCAAAGCUUUCAUUCCAUUCCUUUUUUAAUUAAUUAACGAACAAAAGAAAUAAAUUGUUGAAAAUGUUUUCUGG